UAUCUGGCAACAGUUUGUCAUUAUUUACAAUUCUAGCCGCUCUGAGGAAUGAGAAUUUGAGAAAGUUAUGUAAUAUUGUAACUAUGGCUUUCAGAUGUGUUUUUUCUGCUUGCCCUCGGAAUCUGUUGUUUAUUCCAAGAAUAUCAAGGCCUCUUAUUAGAUUUUAUGCCAAAAAUCAGCCUACUGAAAUUACUGAUGAACCAAUUAAAUAUUCCACAAGUGACGCAGCAAAAUGGAAAGCUAUAUAUUCUACUCGUGGAGAAGAUUAUUAUACGACACCCAAAAUACAGUCCACUGCUAUUAUGCUGAGUUUGAUAGCAUUUAUGGUGUACUUUUGCAUGUUAAGAGAAGAAAACGAUUUAGAUGAUUGGCUAAGGGACAUAGAAAAACAAGUGCCACUGCAAAUAGAAGAAGGGAAACUUCGAGCAGCUAUUGAACAAAGAAAAAAAUCUAAAACAGACAGUACUUAUGAAGAACAAAGACUUGAAGAAAUUCUUAAACAAAAAGCACAAAUUUUUGCUAACAAAUAAAAAAAGAGACAUAAUGUUAAACAUGUUUUAUUUGUAAUAUACUAGUAUAUAUAAAAUCAGCUCUAAAAUAAGGGCAAAAGGACUGUUUGCCAUAUAUAUUAGUUAAAAUAAAUUGAUGAAUAUAGAUCAGG